CCCGCGUGUUUGAGCUGCGUAAAAUCCCACGAAGAAGAGAUGACCGGGUGUAAACAUGGCGUCUGCCUUGGACGAUGAUGAGAUCCUAAACGAUGAUUACUAUUCCCUUCUGAAUGUCAGAAGAGAGGCGACACAGGAUGAGCUGAAGGCUGCUUACAGGCGAUUGUGCAUGCUGUAUCACCCAGACAAACACAGGGACCCUGACCUGAAGCGCCAAGCGGAGCAGCUUUUUAACCUCGUACAUGAAGCCUAUGAAGUGCUUACCGACCCCCAGGCGCGAGCUAUCUAUGAUAUCUAUGGGAAGCGAGGACUUGAUGUGGAAGGAUGGGAGGUGGUGGAGAGAAAAAGAACUCCAGCAGAGAUCCGAGAAGAGUAUGAGCGUCUUCAGAAAGAGCGAGAGGAGAGAAGGCUUCAGCAAAGGACCAACCCAAAGGGAACUAUAAGUGUGGGAAUAGAUGCCACGGACCUCUUUGACCGAUAUGACGAAGACUACGAGGAGGCGGCGGCAGGGGGAGUCCCACAUGUGGAAAUCAACAAGAUGCACAUAUCACAAUCCAUAGAGGCUCCUCUCACCACAAAAGACACAGCUGUAAUGUCAGGCUCCUUGUCAACCCACAACGGAAAUGGAGGCGGGACAAUAAACUUAGCUUUGAGAAGAGUCACCUCAGCUAAGGGGUGGGGAGAGAUAGAGCUCGGUGCUGGAGACACACACGGACCUCUCUUUGGAAUGAAGAUAUUCCGAAACCUGACGCCUCGAUUUUUUGUUACGGCCCAGUGCGGGCUCCAGUUUUCAUCCAGAGGCGUGCGUCCAGGGGUGACAACCGUGCUGGCCCGACACUUAGACAAGAACACUAUGGGCUAUCUGCAGUGGCGAUGGGGGGUCCAGUCCUCUAUGAACACCAGCAUAGUCAGAGACACCAAGAGCAGCCAUUUCACCUUCGCAAUGCAGCUUGGCAUUCCUCAUACUUUUGCGAUGAUGAGCUACCAGUACAAGUUCCAGGAUGACGACCAGACGAAGAUAAAGGGCUCAGUAAAAUCAGGUUUCUUUGGGACUGUGGUAGAGUACGGUGCUGAAAGGAAGAUCAGUCGACACAGCGUCCUAGGAGCAACUGUCAGCGUGGGAGUGCCCCAAGGUGUCUCCCUGAAGAUCAAACUAAACAGAGCCAGCCAGACGUAUUUCUUUCCUAUUCACCUGACCGACCAGCUCCUGCCGAGCGCCAUUUUCUACGCCACAGUCGGACCACUGGUUUUCUACCUCGCCAUCCAGCAGCUUAUAAUUCGGCCCUACGUGCGGGCCCAGAAGGAACAAGACUUGGAGAAGCAGCAAGAGAGCUCGGCCUCUAAUAUAGCCAAGAAGAAACAGGAGGCGGAGGCUGCUGUUUUGCUCAUGCAGGAGUCUGUGCGCAGGAUUAUUGAAGCUGAAGAGUCUAGAAUGGGUCUCAUUAUCCUCAACGCAUGGUACGGCAAGUUUGUGACAGACAACAGUCGGAAACACGAGAGGGCCAAAGUCAUUGAUGUGACGGUACCACUGCAGUGUCUGGUGAAAGACUCCAAACUCAUUCUGACUGAGGCCACAAAGUCGGGACUUCCUGGUUUCUACGACCCCUGUGUUGGGGAGGAGAAGAGCCUGAAGGUGCUGUAUCAGUUCCGCGGAGUCAUGCAUCAAGUCCUGUCCGGAGACUCAGAACCACUCAGGAUACCAAAGCAAUCUCACAGGAUUGAUGCCGACACAUAAGGGACUCCUCGCUGACCAAAAAGACUCACCUCUCAGCUGUGAAGAAAGAGGGAUAAACCUGUUUUAGAAUCAACAUGGAUUGAAGUUCCUGAUUACUCGGAAAAUGUGCAUUUAACUUUUGUCUUUAUAUUCAUUUAAAUACACAGAGCGGGGCAAAAGCAUCGCAGACUGGAUUGGUCGAAAUUCGGCAUCUAUGGACAGGGCUGUGGUCUGCUUGAAAUUAUAAUGUGUCACCAUUAUCAAUGGUUACCAUCCUAUUUUAUGGGUCAUCUUGCCUCCUUGGUAUCCAUUUAUUUUUGGUAUGGCUUGUAAUUUAUAAUCGAGUUCUAUGUACUGUAUUGUACACAAACUGCAGUGCCUGUGUGAUUGAAGACAUGAAUGCACCUCUGUUUAUUAUGCCAUAUUAUUAAAGUCAGUCUCUCUCAUGUUAGUAAAACAUUUUUAUUUGCUUUAUUUUUUUUAAUUAUGUUUGUGUUUUUUUAAGUGCUACAGAUUUUAGGGUUCACAUUUGAACAGACUUCCUUUGGUAGUGUCAUUUAAGCAUUGCCGAUUUACCUCAGGAAGACAACUACUGAAAAAAGUUUUACCAUAAAAUACAGUAUAUGAUGCAGUACCAUCAGAUACAUGGCCACAAUGACGCAUCACGAUAUUUCAUCAAUUGAACACUACAAAGCCCUUACAAAUGUAAAGUGCAGGAUUAUUGACACCGGUGUUAAUUCAGAGAUGUAGAAGUUCUUGUGUUUUAAGAUCAGGGCCUCAAUAUACUUGUCUCACCACAAGGCAGUGGUUGUUAGAGUAAUGACAAGUGUACAUGAUGACAAUAUUGCUACUAUAGAUUAAAGAUUUUAACAA